UGUCCUUCCUCUUCCACCUUAACAACCAAAUGAGUAUCAUCAUUUGUUCAAAUCAAUGCUUACAAGGAAAAUUCUAACUAUUUAUAUGAACCAAAAUCUGAUUUAUCACUUGAUGAGGUUUUCACAGUGGUGGUCGAAUGGCAACGUGAUGCACUCUAUGUUACUGCGGUUCGAUUUCUAGCAGGGGCACCAAGUUCUACUUGUGGUGUUGGAAUUUAAUCGAGCCGUUUUGUGAUCAAUUUCUCCGCUUAUAUGAUGUCCCCCAAGCCGAAGGCGAAAAGGCAUAAAUUCAUAUAGCGUUCAGACGUGGUUAAUACUCGGCCUGAGGUUGAUGCAAAUGGGCUUUCUGAAGGAAACGCAUCUAUUUACCAAUAAGUUGAACGCCAGAGUUCUGCAAUCAGGAAAAUUGGUGAUGUGGAGAUUGAAAGUGUCAAAAACCAAGAAAGAUGGACCAAUUGAAGUUAAAUUGAAAGAUAAAGAUGAUAAUUUGUCCAUGAACACCGGUGAUGGAGGAAACAUGAUCCCUUCAUUUUUACAACAUAUGUCCAUGGCUUAUCCUGACUGCUCUACUGCAAUGCCAUCUGUUGGUGGCUUUUGA